CAUGGAGCCUGGACUCUCUUUUCCCUUUCGGAAGCAAAAUUAGCAACUGCUAUUGUUUUUGAAACUGCACAUUGUAAGUGUAGCCUAGCCGGAUCUGUUGUUCGUUGCACACCAGGUGCCCGUUACACAUCAAGAUUGAGUGUGUUGUGUCUUAACGGUGCGCGUGUUUCUUUGCGAGGCGACACCGUCUCGCUGACCGUAGCCUAACAAAACAGUGGUGGGCAGGCAGGCAAGCAGGCGCGCGCUGCCUGAGUGCUUACAGCACUGGUCAGAAAGUAUUACUGAUUCACCGAUGGAAUUUGCAUGAGAAAUGCAAGUCUGAGAUUGACAUUAGUGUUUUAGGCUAGGCCUAGCUUCAGUGGGGGAAGGCCUUUUCAUUCUUCUCGGUGAUUUCUCUGUGUCUAGGCAGCCGUGUCGCGCUGGGAUUACAUGUAGCAGACACAGAUGAGAGCAAGUUGGAGUAGACACUGUUAUCAUCUGGCCAUUUCAAUGGAGAAUCCCUUGGGUGCUGAGAUGUGGAACUAACUGGACUGGCCAGAAGUGCAGGAGAGAAUGAUAAAUGUUCAGAGUUUGAAGGCUGAUGUUCUGCUGAGACUCUAUCCAUAAGAUAUGAUACUGCCAUUUUAUAGUUGUGGAAGCUGGCUGUGGAGAUGGGGGGUUUGAUAAUGGCCCUGGAAUGUUUGCUUUAUGUUACCAUACAGCACAAUUUACUGAGGAAAUGUCUGACUACUUUUCAUAUGGAUAAUAAGUUGGAGCAAAGUGUUUGAGAUAAAAAACUAGAUAGUGACUAGUUUGUGGUCUGUUCUAAUUCCAUCAGGGCUGAGAAAUGGACGGUGUUUUUUUUUCCCUACUACCCUUAUUGCAGUGAUGAAUAAUAAAUGAGCAAACACCAGUGGUGUGAUGAUAUCCAUUGUUGAUUUGACUUGAAUAUUUCAGUAGUGGAAACUUGUCACCGCCCAACUCAUCAAAUCCAUGCUAACAGCUGACCUAUUCCAAGGCACCCUCACAAGCUGUGGACAUGAUGACAUCACAGUCAGCCGUGUGGCACCCACAGAACUGGAUCUUGUAUGAAACAACAUGUCAAAUACUCAGUGACUGAGCAGACGGGCAUUUUGUCUGCUCAUGAGUUGGCGCUUUAAAACGUGAACUUCAGCAAAUUUUAAACACGGUGUGUCAUAGAUCUUCUUCACUGGAUAAACUCAAACAGCUAGCUGGCUUAGUACAGAGCAUGUUCUAGUGUUGGAAAACUCAAACAGCAAGUUGAGGCUAGAGGAUUUAAAACGGAGGAUGGCACACAGACACAGCAGCGGUAGGAGGACAGACUCGCUGCCUUCGUCUGUGGCCAGUCCGCUGGGCAAUGGGCAGCACACGCACGAGGACAACCCCAAUUACCUGGUCUACAAGAAGAUGGAGCUGAUCAUAGACCGGAUGCAAGACGAGAGCACUGGGGUGCCGGUUAGAACUGUCAAAAGUUUCAUGUCCAAGGUGCCGAGCGUCUUCACAGGCCAAGACUUGGUCAGCUGGAUGAUGCGUAAUUUAGAUGUGGAAGACCAAGUUGAAGCUCUCCACCUAGCCCACCUGAUGUCCUCCCAUGGCUAUUUUUUCCCUAUUGAUGACCACGUGCUGACUGUCAAGAAUGACAACACGUACUAUCGCUUCCAGACUCCUUGUUUUUGGCCUUCACGUUGUGGGGAACCAGAAAAUACAGAUUAUGCUGUGUAUUUAUGCAAGAGGACCAUGCAGAACAAGCAGAGACUGGAAUUGGCUGACUAUGAGGCGGAAAAUCUGGCCAGGCUACAGAAAAUGUUUUCUAGAAAAUGGGAGUUUAUAUUUAUGCAAGCUGAAGCUCAGGCCAAAGUUGACAAAAAGCGAGAUAAAUUGGAAAGAAAAGUUUUAGACAGCCAAGAAAGAGCAUUCUGGGAUGUACAUCGGCCUGUGCCUGGCUGUGUCAACACGACAGAAGUUGACAUCAAAAAGGCCUGCAGAAUGAACAGACACUCGAAAAUGAGUCGGCCCAAUUAUGCAGUGCCAGGAGGCCGCAUCAGUCCCAGUGUUUCAGAGGCUGACCUACACACACCUGCAGACUCCAUACGGCAUGAGAUUGAUGUUUUGAGAAGAAAGCUGGAGAAAAGACGGGUAAAAAUUUCAAAAGUUGUAGAAUGUUACAUAGCCUACUACCAGCAAUAUGCAGAAUUUGAUGCCUUUAUAACAAGUCCGGACACUUCCAACCCUUGGGUUUCUGACAGCACUGAGUUCUGGGAACAAGAAAAAACUAUGAACCCAAGAGAAAUACCACAACGGCGAGUGAAAAGAUGGGCUUUCAGUAUAGAGGAACUUCUGUAUGACCCUGCUGGUAGAGAACAGUUCAGCAAGUUUCUAGACAAGGAGUUUAGUGGGGAGAACCUCAAGUUCUGGCUGGCUUGCCAAGAGUUAAAAGGGCUUGCUAUGAGAGAAGUCAACAAAAAAGUUCAUGAAAUUUUCAGUGAGUUUCUGGCACCUGGAGCACAUAACCCUGUCAAUGUUGACUGUCACAUUAUGGAGCUGGUGAGGAGAAGGAUGGAAAACAAUCCAACUCGCUUUGUCUUCGAUGAAGCUCAGGAUCAUAUAUUUAAGCUGAUGAAGAGCGACAGCUACACUCGCUACCUGCGAUCAGAUCAGUACAAAGAAUUUCUCUGUGGCACAAGAAAGAAAGUGAGGCUCCUGCCGGUCAUCCAGUCUGACUGGGCAGCUAGCAUUUUUAAACACUAACCAUGUGUCAUCAUUCUGUUUUUCCUUUAGUUCAUCUAGUUUUAUUUGACAACAUGUUGAUAUUUUCAGUGUUUACUCUAUCAACUUCAUCUUCUUGUCCUGCAUAGCCUGUAAUAUAACUAGUUAGCUCCCCUUCACUAACCUCUCAUUGGUCAGGAUGGAAAUUGUCUGUAUAGCGACUAGAGCUUCCAUACCAAUUGUCAGUGCUGCCACUAAAAACUAUACAGCUGUCUGAAUUAUGACAGAGCUUCUCUUGUAUUGUAAUGGGUAACCAAUUUCGUGAUAAUUUUUGGGUUAGCCAGACAUGUAAAUAUGUAAAUAGCUUUGUAAGUGGAUGCCAUUUUGUGUAAAUGUUGGUCAAGUCCCAGGGUUGCUGUAUGGAAGCGAUCAGGACACACCAUGGCUGUUCCUGGAGACAGGACACACCAUGGCUGUUCCUGGAGACAGGACACACCAUGGCUGUUCCUGGAGACAGGACACACCAUGGCUGUUGCUUGAGAAGGCUACAGCCAUUGAGCUGACCAUGUCAUGUGUGUCAAAAGUUGAUACAUGAUGUUUAGAUGUGGUGCUCUGUUGGCGCCCAUACACUUGAUAUUACAGAUGUUGGCAGUCUAGCCAUUUUGUCCUAGAUGUGCAUAGAGUUCACAUUCUUUGUUUGUUUUCACUUAUGUUGCAGUUGUCAAGAUUAGACCUAGCAUUGAAUGCCACUUGUACACACAUGGCUAGUCUCAACAAACAAUUUCCAUCCAAUAAGUGUUGUUUAUUGCUCAUUGUUUUGAAAAGAGUUUUUUCAUUGGUCAUUGUUGCAACUUGCAUCAGUCGCAGUAAAGCAUUGCUCCAAGAAGCAAGUCAGUGACCAGGUUUCUGAGCAGCUAGAUCAGAGACCUGGAUCAGAUGCAACUCAGUCACGCUUACCCACAGUGCCUCAUCCUAAAUUAUCAUUAGUCAUGUUUGCUUCUAUUUAUUUCUAUCUAUUUUGCUAACAUAAUUAAUCUGCAUAAUUCAUUUGAAUGAAUUUGUCUCAGAAUUAACUCUACAUUUAGAUAUUAUAGACUUUGAUAAGAAACACAAUUUAUCCACACAAAAAAUAUCUUAAGAACAAGAAAUAUGUAGAUUAUACAAUUUUUUUUUUACAAAUUACUUAUUCUAUUUAAAUGAGAAUAAUGAGAUUCAUAUAAACAUAUCAUUAAUUUACUAAAAUGAGAAAUUCAGAGCAAAAAAGUUGAUGGAUGUUUUCUUCACAACAAUCUCUUGCUUACAUUUGUUGAUGUGUAUACAUACUGUUUAUAUUUAUUUAUAGAUCUAUUUGUGUACAUGUAAUAUAUGUAAAUAUUUUCUUGUAGCAUGUUGAAACCUUAGAUCUGUAAAAUGUCGUUGAUGUUUGAAAUAGUUGACAAUCCAACCACCAGUCAACUGACAACUAACAAAACAUUUUCAGUCCAUUCCACAAACAAAGCAAGACAACAUUUGGGCUAACCACAACAUAUCAGCUGGCUACCACCAACUCCCUUCUUUACUUUAUAUUAAACUUUUCCAACUAAAAGAAAAGCUUUAAACUUUUUGUUGUGAUGAUUUCAUAAGCUAGCAUUUAAAAAUAAUUGUAUUGCUUUCACAUAGAAACUUCAACUUCAUGGUUUACUGCUGAAUAUGUUUUAGUGCAUUUUAUUUUGUUGUUUUUAUUUUAUAAAUUAUUGACUGCUGGUAUAAGGUAAGAAUUUUUUAAAACUGCUACUGAUUGUCCUCAGCGGAAAUAAACUAAGAUUUAGCUCAAACAAAAAUCAUAGCAGUGGUUGUGAUUAGCUUUGCUCAGCCAUUUUUCUACCCAUCUGCUUGUACGGGAUGGGUGAGUAGAGCAGGCAGCAUCUGUCAACACUCCUAGAAUGAACAUAAGGGAAUGUCAGAAUUUUAACUCAAAUAUAAAAAUUAUUUCCAAUGAUGUUUCAAAAAACAAAAGAAAAACAGAACACUAAUAGUAUGUAACAUUUUCAUCCAUUUUUUGUCUAAUGUCUGCAUGAUCAUCAAUCAUUACCAAAGGCCAUAUUUUUUGUUGUGAUACAUUUAGCUGCCCUUAAAUGUUAUUAUUAUAAUAUUGUUCACAGAAUAAUGAAUCAAGCCAUCUGUUAUUUUUUCCAUAUUUUAUUAUUUAUUAUAACAGUCCAGGGUAGUUUGACAAGUCAGCACAAAUCUUAAUGUUGUAAGGCCAGUUUCCAAAGCUUCAGUUAGCCAAACUGGCAUCAUGACUUUUUUUUUUGUAUGCACUUUGAGUUCAUGCUUAUUGUGGUCAAAUGUCAUCUCAAACUUUUUAUUUUAAAGAUAAAUACUUAAAGAUUUACCUAAGUGAUUAUAUUUUAUUUUUCAAUUUCAAUAUUAAAUGAAAAAAAAAUGUAUUGAAUGACAUUGGACUAUUUUUUGUAUUUUACAAAUGUUUUUGUGUGAUUUCAUUUAAAUGUAUCAGCAUGUUAUAAGUUGGCACUUUGAAAGGAUUUAUUUUAACUGCACAUUUUUCACCUUUUUAAUCCAUACUUAUUAAACCUGUUCUACAUACCUCCAAUAUGAUAAUUGAAUGCAAACUUAUUUAUCUUCCUGAACUAAAUACAUUAAUCAUUGGAUUGUUUCAGAUCAAUUUUAAGGCUCAAUAUUUACAUCAUGUAAACUAGUUGAUAAUUCUAGAGCUCAUUAAAGAAAAAUAAUUAUAAUAUUAUAUAUGAAGAUUUUUUGGUAAAAAUAAAUCACAAAUUAGAUAAAAGUAAAGCUUAAUUUUUUUUUCAAAUAUAUGCUCAUUGCAAGAAAUGUCUCAAUAAAUGGCCAAAUGCAUUGUUCUAGAAGUCAGUGAUGAUAAAGCAAAGAACUAAGGGUACCAGUAGCAUGCAUGGUGCUUCAUAGGAUUUAGCUCUAUUUUAAUUUGUAUGCUUUGUUAUCAAUCAGUUUUGUUUUCUUUGUUUUAUAGGUGCGGGCAACCUCUAUUCCUCUGAUCAUUUUCUUAUUUCCAGCAGGUAGCUUAGAUUGCAUUUGCUUGUAGGUCAGUGUGUACAGUAGACAUUCUUUCACUCAGGGGAAGCAACUCGUUUUUCAAAAGCUUACAUUCAAAACAAAAUGAAGUAAAUCUUAGUUUCCUGAAGCCACCUGUCAAGAUUUCUUCUGCUUUAACUUGCCUAACCAAUCAACACACACCACAGAUACACCACCACUGUAGACAAAUUACAAGAAGGGAUGAAAUAUUUCAUUUUUCCUUCACCAGUCUUUAAAAACAUGAAAAAAAAAUUGGGGUAAAUCAUACCACUUCAACAAAAAACUAAGAGGUAGUAAAUAAAUAAAAACUUUGUGUAAUACAGCCUAGUGUACUAUUUUACCUUUCAUCCAUAUUUAAGGAAUGGGGACCUUUCAAUUUUAUUUCAAACUCAAGCAGUCUCUAUUGAUGCACACUUUAACUAUAUAACACAACAUAGUGGGUCCUCGUAAAAUGAUAACACAGCAUAGUUGGUCAAAACAAAUAACACAACAAAGUAUAGUCAAAACAAACCAUAACACAACAUGAUAUGAUUAAAUAAAUUAUAACACGUUAGGCCAAAACAAACAAUAACACAAGAUGGUAUGGUCAAACAAAUGAUAUAUAACACAACAUGGUGGCUCAAAAUAAGUGGGUAAAAGAAGCAAAGGUAGUGCGCUGGUGUAUGGAGUUGAUGUUCCUUACUGUGAUAUUUUGUUGCUCAAACUGCUUGUUCAGUGGAAUACCAUUGUGCUGUUUGCUUGUCUAGACUCGUCCUUCGUGGGUGAACGCUAGAACUUGACCCUGAUCAAACUGCUGCGUAUAGCAGCUCCACAUACAGCAAAACAUUGUUUUUUAUACUUAGAAUGGCCUUGAUAAACCUCAAGCCAAGUUACAAACUAUGAUUUAAGUUGCAGCUUUGUAUCACUUGAAACUUUCUGUAAACCAUUAUCUAUCACUGUACAUUAUCUGUGCACUGUACAUUAUCUGUGCACUGUACAUUAUGUGUGCACUGUACAUUAUGUGUGCACUGUACAUUAUGUGUGCACUGUACAUUAUGUGUGCACUGUACAUUAUGUGUGCAUUGCACAUACAUGUUUGUAUACCACUAUUUUUUAGUUUGAAGUAAAUGUUUGAUAAAAACGUUUAGUUUAAAGUGAAUAUGUUUUGAUCUCAGCUUUAAGAAAAAAGAUUAUUUAUUACCUACAAUGUUUACAGAAAGUUGCCAAUGAUGAGAGCAUCUCUGUGUAAUAAUGUAUCUCACGUUGAAUUGACGCAUGAGUUGAUGUUUGCUUGUAGUGACUUGCUAUCCUAACAAACCUGCUUUUUUUAAUAUCUCAGUGUGCGAAUGGUUGGGUUCAGUGCAUCAUUACGCUGCAGAAAUUGGUGACAUUUUUAAAGCACCAAUCUCAUUUAUUUUCCAUCCUAAUUUGAGCAUGUCAGUUAGCUGCUAGAAAUCUGUGAUUUUAGACCAACUAAUUUUGUUUAUUUCUGUUUCUUCAGAGCGCUUAAGUUCAAUUUUAAAGAUUUAAUUUCCUUUAGAUAUUAAACCCAAUGGGUGAAUUAUUGCCCUCUUUAAAUGCCAAUGGGCACAGCUGCUAUAGCAGUUGGACUUCAUUCAUUUUCCCCUCAAAUUUUGACCUUAACUUCCUAGAGUUUUUGACGGUUUUUAAAACUUUUCAUCUCCAAUAUUUAUAAGUUUUUUGACAGUUGUAAAACUUUUGGUUUUCUCCAGCCAACAAGAUCAAUAAUUUCCAAGCUGCCAAGUUUAAACAUUGGAGGAACAUGAUUGCACUAACCCUCCCAUUGCACAGACCACUGUUCCACCUCACCCAGCCCACCCCUGUCUCACCAUGGCUCUCUCAGCCAACAUUCACUUUUGGGUCGCAUCCAUUUUUGUUCUGCUUAUUUUCAAGCUAAAUAUGUGGUUCACAUUUUGUAUUUUCCAUGUGAUUUUUUAUUUCACAUUUUCCUGUAUUUGUAAACAAUUAAUAAUUUUCCAAAUGCUGUUCUCUCUCUUAUUUGAACAAAAUUCACAUUUCUUGUAACAACUCAGCCAAUUCACAUUUUUGUAACAACUCAGUGUAUGUACCUAAUAACUCAUUGAUAGAUAAUUGACAUAUUAUAAUAAUGUUGAAUAUUGAGAAGUUUGAAAUAAAAAUUUUGAAAGUUU